AUGCUUGUUCUAUUAGAACAGCAUGAACCAGUGAAGUGCGUUAAGUACUAUGCUGCGGAUGUUGAAGAGCUCAAAGAUGAUUCGGCAGAUACCCAGGAGCUGAAGAAUAAGGAAGGAUGCUCUUGUGGAAUGGCCAAACAAGCAAAAAAGUACAAAGCUUUGUACGAAUUGCUGCUGAAAGAGAAAGUAUCCAAUUGCGGGAACCACCAUAAGUUAUCCGGUAAAUUGGUUAUUCAACUGCUUCUGCCGGAGCCAGAAGCUCCUUUAAAAAACGUCACGGGUAGCUUUCUGGAUCCGGAUUUGCUGCGGCAGCUUUCAAUCGAAGCCGAAACGGAUUAUCUUUUUGUUAAAUUCGUUAUGUUAAGAUUGUGGCCAGAUGGAUUCUUCGGGCGAUCGGUAACAGGUCGUCCAUCUAAUAAUCCUUCUGGUCGGUCAAAACCAACUACAACAUCUCAAAAUGGAACUGUAAACGAGGGAACAACUUGCGAUGUUGGCAGUUCCAUCGAAAAUGCUCGAUGUCGCGGAGAGAAUAUGGGAAAUACAACGCAGGCUCCCAAGCAACCUCUUGAGAAGGAGAAGGUGGAGUUUGUUCUUUCUUGCCUGUAUCAACGCCGCAUUUUUUUGCGAGAUGAUAGUUUGACCGCCCAAGUUAAUGCCAAAGCCGGCAAAUCGCUCAUAACACGAGUUAUUGCGAAUGCUUCGCGUAAACAUUAAUUUUUACAUUCGCCUUCAUUACCGUUUGAGCUGAAACGUGUUCAAUAUUUUAAUUUGUUUUUAUUAUACGUAAUUAUAUUUGUUAAAUCUUUA